AUGGAUCUCCCCAGCACGCUCAAACCCGGUGAGGUAGCAGCCGCGUUUAUCGAACAUGGCAUCGCGAAGCAUAGAACCCGCCUAGAAACGGUUUUCCUCAAGGCGUUUGCUGCUGGCGUAAUGCUGUCGUUCGGUGGUUUAUUGUCAGAAGUUACGGGAGGUGGCGCGACUGGUCUUACGGCGUCCAAUCCGGGUCUAGCAAAGGUCUUGAGCGGAUUCGUCUUUCCUGUUGGUUUGGUGAUGAUUGUACUCCAAGGCCAGGAGCUCCUAACGAGCAAUAUGAUGAUAUUCCCGAUGGCUCUCGUGAAGCGUGCCAUUCCAUGGUGGAGCCUCCCAGUGAACUGGAUUAUCGUUACAUUUGGGAACCUUUGCGGCAGUUUAUUCGUUGCUGGCGUACUUGUUAGAGCCACUGGUAUUAUCUCCACGGCCCCUUACGAAGCCUAUAUUCGGAGCUUUGCUAUUCAUAAAGCAGUAGAACCUGCGUGGCAUCAAAUCUUCCUUCGUGGUAUCGGCUGCAAUUGGCUCGUCUGCGUUGCUGUAUGGCAAGCAGCCGGCGCCCGUGAUACUAUCUCAAAGAUAUUCGCCAUCUGGAUACCAAUCUGGAUUUUCGUUGCAUGCGGAUUUGAUCACGUUGUUGCCAACAUGUUCUCGGUUCCCUUGGGUAUCAUGUUCCACGCGGAGGGUCUCACAGUUGCCGGUUACAUUCGCAAGUAA